AUGGUUGAUAAUAGGCGUACGUUUACGGCACCCCAAAGCUUACUUGAAACAAAUCUUACUUUUCCGAAUGAUGAACCGUCACUUACUACAAUCACAGUUACGCGAGAAAGAUGUGUUGAUCCAAGCUUGAUAGAUUCAUUUUUGAGGUUUCUAAGGCAUGGAAGUGAUGAUAUAAUAAGACAAAAAUUAAACAACUAUAGGAAAGGCUCUAUUAAUGGAAAAAAUAAGUGUAAGGAAUUUUUGAAGCAAGAACUAUAUCCGAACUGGCAAAUACGGAAUAAUAUAAUUUCAUUUUGCGAAAAAGAGGCAGCAGAGAUGAAGAACGAGACCGAUCAGCAGUGCGGUAAUAAUAAAAAGACUACUGCGGAACCACUUAUAGACGCAAGAAUUGAUCCUUACGCUGCAAGAGAAAGAGCGGAGAAACAGGAAGCUCAAUAUAAGGAUUGGACGAAGGUGACAGAGUGGGUGGCAAAUAAUAGAAAAAUAGAACAAAUUUUAACUUCUACAACAGAGGGCAUUUUAAGGCAAAACUGCGAGCAAAAUAAUGACUACUUGAAGGAGUUUACGCAAUUCUGCAAGGACAACAGUUGA